AUGAAGGGCAAGUUGGUGGCCGACGGGGUCAUGUUUUACGUUGCCGCCGCAUCCUCCGUUGUCCAGGCGGAAGCUGAGCUUGCAGGCAUCUGGGCCAAAGAUCCUACCCGCCGGAUGUGGCCUCUGCAUAGGGCUUGGCAUCGGCCUGCUCAAGAUGAGGUGGGGAUCAGCGCGACCAAACGGAACUAUAAGGGUCGGAUGGGACACCCCCUGGCGCAUACCUAUCUGACCAGUUGUGCUGUUGUGGCUGCGAGUGCGGUCGCCGGGAAGCCAAAGACAGUCGUGAUGGAGAACUACGACCGCUUGUUUGCUGAGACUGUACGGCACUUGUACCCCUCUCCUUCCACAGGAACCCUUCCGGCUCCCACGGAUACCGCCCGGGCCCAGCAGAGCCGGAUGACCAAAACUGGUGUCAUCCUUGUUGUUGGACAUAAAUUUGGCACUGGCUCGUCCCGCAAGCAGGCCGCCAUGGCGCUUAGAAACGCCAGGAUCUCACUGGUGAUUGCAGCCACUAUAGGCAAAAUCCGGAAAAGAACGCAAUCACUAUAUUUUUGCUACUCAGUGGUCUCGGCGGCGAUGCUAGAUCCGGUCAAUGUGGCAGAAACUUCUUGGAUGUUGUAUGGUUGUGGCUCGAGGCAUUAUUGUUGGAUGGGAGCGCUGGAAGUAAGAUGGGUGGAUAAUUGGCGUUCGUGA